AUGGUGGACACUGCCUCGAAGCAUCGAGCUGAGUUUGCCUUUGCUCAGCUUGAGAACGAGAGAUCUCUGACAUCUCUUCGUGACGAGCUAAGGGUAGCUCGUGGGAUUGUUGAUCGGUCUCGGGCUGAGAUAACUGCUCUUCAGACCCUUGUUGAUGCCCACCAUCGGGAGCACAAGGCUCUCUGCGAGAUGCUUGAGCGCAAGGGCGUUCUUCGUCGGAAGAAGCAGCGUACUGAUGGUACGGCUUAA